AUGAUUGGCAUUCUAUAUUUCCUAUUCCUGCUGAGCUCCACCACUACCUGCGGGCAUGCUGGACGAGGGGGAGAAGCGAGUCUUAAGAAGGUCACUGAUGGUGGGACAGGGGACGAGUGCUCCUGCAAAGCCUUCCUGCCAAGCUCAACCUUCAACAUACAAGACCUGGAGGAGGUAGAGGGGGUGGCUGUGGAAGUCACCCAUAAGCUGGAGCUGGAACUGGGCAAGAUGGAGUCCUAUGAAAGCCAGAUCACGGCGUACACUGUGAAGAUUGUCAACCUGACCAUGGAGAUUGAAAAGAUGGAGGGCGACCCUGAGGCGGUAAACGACACCCAAACAGAGAGCAUGAAGAUCCAGAUCAAACAGGCGGAGGCUCUUGUGGUCGAGCUCCAGUCUUUGGUUCAAGCAUCAGCCGCUGUCUUCGAGUCCCUGCGUGAAACGGUCACAUCUCAGAUGUCCACCCUGACCCAGCUGGAGGAGGAACACGAUAAGAACCUGGUUCUGGAGACCCGCCGUGAGUACAUAAAGAUCCAGCUCAAACUGGAGGAAUGCGAACGCCGCCACCAGGAGAUCUUCCACCCCGACAUUGGAUCCUGCGCACACACUGGUGUCAUCAGAGCCAGCCAGCCUAUCGUCAGUCAGAUUAACGCAGACCUCAGUUCUUCAUACAAAUUUGGAGCCUGGGGGAAAGACUCAAAGCCUUUUAACGGCAAUGAGUCGAUGUAUUGGUAUUCUGGGUACUAUAGCGCAGCCAUCAUUGACGUCAAGUUCUAUGAUAAUUACCAAGAUCUCAUUUUACGAAACCACUUCCAGCAUCACAGGUUGCAAAGUAGCUGGUACGGCACAGGAAACAACGUUGUUCUCCGCGAGAACGCUCUUUACUACCAGCGCAGUAGUCCCUUCAGCAUGGCCAAGCUGAAUUUCACCUCCAUGAGCUAUGAAUACAAGCUCAUCAACCGGGCUUCCACUAAGUUCUCCUACGCUCACUCGCCCAAUCAGAACUUAGAUUUUGCCGCCGAUGAGACCGGGCUGUGGGUGACAUAUGCUAGUGAGGAGACGAACGGCCGUCUUAUCUUGGCUAAGAUCAACGAGCACUACUUUGGUAUAGAGGAGGAGUGGCAGACUAGUGUGUACAAACCAGCGGUCAGCAACGCCUUCAUGGUGUGUGGGGUUCUCUACGCCGUCAGAACCGCUGACAUCCAAACGGAGGAGAUCUUCUACAUGUUUGACACCAAGACCCAACGAGAGCACUAUAUCAGUGUUCCCUUUGAGAGGUUCCAGGAGAGCUAUGUUAGCCUGGACUACAACCCAACGGAUCAGAAGCUGUACAUGUACAACAAUGGCUACUAUCUCAACUACCAUCUGUGGUUUAAUCACACAGCAAAGGCCAUUGAGGAUACGCCUUCCAUUCUGAUCUAA